AGUCCUGUAUUGUUCUCUUCACACUUGUGCCUAGCAUCAACACUCGAGACAUGUUGAAGUCAACAUCUCUGUCACUUUCCCACAUUGCCCGUCUCGCCCCCAUCAAACUCUAUUAAUAUCCCCAACAUCUAAAUCAAUCACCAAUAUUUCUCCUUUAGUCCCAUGAAGUUGUAAGCAAAAUAACAACACAGUUAAGCUUUUACAUUCUGGUGGUCUAUUAUCUAGUUUAGUUUAUCGCUAUUUUGUUGGACCCUUUUCUUAUAAAUGCUCGUUUAACUGUUAUUGCUAACCUUCUUGUCCUUAGCCAUAGGCACCCACAAACUAUGGAGAGAUACAAUUUAAACUUCUCUCUUUUUUCUCCCUUUAUUCUUCUCCUCACUAUUUUCACAUUCAAUCAAACUGCUACUUCUCAGAACUCGCCUUCAGGAGAUGGUUUGUGUGCUGCUGUUUUCUGUGGGCAAGGAACAUGCAAGAAUAUUAAUACAUGGCCUGGUUUUGAGUGUGACUGCUAUUCUGGUUGGAACAAGAUUCAGAUUGGUCCCUUGACCUUUCCCUCUUGCUUAAUUCCCAAUUGCACAAUUAAUUCACAAUGUGGCAACGGAUCUCCACCACCACCUCCUCCAUCAGUUGCUGCCCCCCCUCCUCCUCUAAAUUUAACAAACCCUUGUAACUUAAUUUGGUGUGCCGACGGAUCCUGCUUGCCUAAUGGAACAGAGCACACUUGCCAGUGCAAUGAAGGCUCAGAAAAUUUGGCGAAUAAUACAAAGUUACCCUGUUUUCAACAGUGCUAUUUUGGAGCAGAUUGCCAUGACCUUGGGUUUGGUCCACCAGUUUCAACACCACCACCAUCGCCAUCAGGUUCGAAUGGAAAUGUUAUGCCACCUCCAACGAGUACUCCAGGCUCGGCUGGAAAUGGUUCUUCAGAAACGUCAAAUUCCUGGAGAAGUGUUUGUGUUCUAACCAUGAUAUUAUCAGCAGCAACUUCCCUAACAUUGUUUUAGAGCAAAAUACACCAAGCUUAAGAUCAUGUUCACUGGAACAUAUACAAAGGAAUGAUCUUCAUACAUUCUUUACUUCUCAUAGAAUAAUGAACAACACAAUAAAAAAAACAGCUGGUUAAGAGAUAGUAAUCAUGAAUCACACUGCUACCAGAAAGCUAUGCUUCCGCUCUUUUAUUAACUUUCUGUUAUGGAAUAAAGGGUAUGACAUACUUUUUUUUUUUU